UCUAAGCUACCGGGGGGGUCGGCAGGUCGCGGAUAGCCGGACGGCCUGUAGUAGCAGGUUAGUUGCGAAAUAAGGUUAAACGAAUAAGCAAUCCCCGACGAUGAGCAGCAGGAAUAGAGGACGCGGUAUAAAAGCCAGCAAGUCUGAUGAAAUUCCUGUGAUAGUGGCGAGUGGACUCCGCCUCUUUGAAAUAUGUGUCCCCCUCAUCAUACAUAUGAUGAGUUACAAAAAAAAAACCCAGGCGCGACGGCUUCCAUAUUGGACGGCUUCCUGGUCAGCGUUUGUUCACCAUGUUAGGUGCGGCUGAUACAACAAUCCAGACCGGUACGCGCUGCGGCGCACUGGGAGUCCCUCGAAAUCCCUACAGCGAUUUCUCCGCUGGCGGGGUAGAGACGGUGAUGUGAGCGUGCUCUGCCGAGGUGUCAGCCGCGGUGCGUAUCAGUAACCAGCCACUUCGGUCCCUGGUCAGGGAGUGUGCAUUGGACGCAGGUGUAGUAGACCGCGUUGCCCCGGGCGAGCGCCGGUCCGUCCGUGUUUUCCGGGACCGGUAAAGCGAAGGACAGGCCUCAAGGAACUGGGGUAGGGGCAUAGUCCCCGAGGGUAUACCCGUUCCUGUCUAUUUCGGCCCGCCCCCUGCACACGAUGCGCUGGCAAAAACAAAAGAAUGGAAUCCAAAAUGAGAAAAAACAACAACAACAACAACAAUGUAAACGAAGUCAGCAGCGGCGCGAAAAACCUGGACGGCAGGGGCUGCAAGGUGCUUGGGGCAGACCCGUCCCAGGGAACACCGACUGCAGAAACUGACCCGUUCAAGCGUGCGUCAAGACUAGUUCGGUCGCCUGUAAAGGCGCUUAGCGUGGAGAAGCCGGUACGAACGAGAUCGUCGCCACCAGCACUACAAGACAGCGAGCCUCAAAUGAAGGGAGCCAAACAGAACGGAGACUACAUGUCGGAGCUCGGAGAUGCUAUUAAGAGGCUGACGGAGGCAAUGUGCCCGCCACAACGCUCAAUAAACAAUAGCAUGCGAGAGAUACUCAGCUCACUAACAAAGCUGCAUGCGAGUGCCCUGGAGGAGUACUCCAGAAUAAAGGCAAGCAGACGGAGUAUCUUCAACAUACCGGUGACUGCUGAAACCCCGAAAAGGCCCCGAGAUGAAAGCCAACUAAAGCGUAGGACGCCACCCAAGAAAAACAAAACCACGCAGGAGGAGGUGACCACCAACCCUGCAACCAAACAGAGUAAGGUGGCGCCAAACGAAAAUUCCGGCAAGAUUAAGGAGAAGGAGGUGGAGAAAGAAGGAAAAUGGGUAGAGGUCCAACGCAGGUCACAUGGCAAAAAGAAGAUGGCAUACAAACCACCACCACGGCCAGAUGCCAUCAUUAUAGCUCGGACGGGAGAUAUGACCUACAGCGAUAUACUAAGGACCGUAAAAAAGGAAGAGGCGCUGCAGAAACUCGGCGAGAGCGUAUCACGCAUCAGAAAGACGGUGAAGGGUGAAAUACUGCUGCAGCUUAAGGAGACGCAAAUGAAGGACACGGGCGAACUCAAGAGCAAAAUAGGUAGGCUUCUAGGGGACCAGGCACAGAUCAGAGCCCUAACCCACGAGACGAUGGUAGAAAUCCGUGACCUGGACGAGAUUACCACCAAGGAGAAUAUUGCCGAGGCCAUCCGCAACCAGAUAAAGGAGCUAAACCACCUUAACGAGAAAUAUGGCCAUAUAGCGAGAGACUGCAAAAACGCGGAAGACAGAAGUCAAUGCUGCCUAAAAUGUGGAGAAAAUGGACACUUUGCGAAAGCCUGCGACAAAAAGCCACACUGCAGAGCAUGCAAGAACCAGGGAAGAAAGAACACCGAGCACCAGAUAGGUAGUUGGAGGUGUCCGCUAUACCAGGAGGCGUGCAAGAAAUCAAGAAAAUGAGAGUCAUGCAGUUGAAUCUCAACCACUGCGAAGCAGCGCAAGAGCUGCUCAGGCAAACGGUGUACGAGGAGAAGGUGGACAUAGCAAUAAUCAGCGAGCAGUAUAAAAAUAUAGACAGUGGAGCAUGGAUAUCGGACCUCACAGGCAAAGCUGCAAUAUGGACAUGCGGAGGAAAAGCCUUCCAAGAAAAGCCGCUGCUUGGUAAAAGCUACUACACACGAGCGAAGGUAGACGGUUUUAACUUUUAUAGCUGCUACAUACCACCAAGUAUCCCACAAAAUGAAUACGAGAACAUCCUAGACAGUUUGGUUCAAGAAGUCCGGACCACCACAAUGAACGUUAUAGCAGGGGACUUCAAUGCAUGGGCAGUGGAAUGGGGUAGCGUCCACACAAACAGGCGGGGAGAUGCACUACUAAAGGCGUUUUCGGUACUUGAUGCGGUGCUUCUGAAUUCGGGGAACAAAAAUACCUUCGAGAAGAAUGGUCGAGGCUCGGUGAUUGACAUUACUUUCGCUAGUAGUUCCUUGGUGCGCUCAACGAGCUGGAAGGUGUCGGACCUCUAUACGCACAGUGACCAUCUGGCAAUCAUGAUGGAGCUAGGGAAUCGUGCACAGAGCCGACAAAGGGCGAUCACCAGGAAGGUGCAAACGAGGGGCUGGAAGGUAGAGACUCUGGAUGAAGAGCUCUUCAGACUCGUGCUGGAUGAGGAAAUGGCCACUGAGGAUAACACUGAGCUCCAGGCUGAAACACUGGUGAGGCACAUCAGUAAAGCCUGCGACGGUGCUAUGUGCAGGAGAAAACACGGCUCUCUCAGGCAGCCGGCGUACUGGUGGAACGAAAAAAUCCAGGCCAUAAGGGGUGAGUGUCAUAA